AUGGCCUCUUACUUCUAUGUGCUGCUUGCCGUGAAUCGUUUCCUCGUCGUGGUCUCCAGUCCGAAAGUCACUCACAUGUUUCAGAAAAUUCCAAUCAGCUUGUGGCUCUUGCUGGGUCUUCUGUAUGGAUUAGCGGCAGGGAUUGGCUCAAAGCCUUUACCUUUCAAUUCUCGAGCUUUUGGCGGUAUCUAUGUGCCAGCGAUUGAGGACCUGAAAAAAGUGAGCUCAGAAGAC